UUAUAAAUAUUGCCGAUAGGGGGCGUUAUUUACAGUAUGGCUGUCAAAAAUGACAACCGAAGAAGCUACACUCAGUCCUAAGACAACGGCAAUAUCAGAUGACUAUGAUGUCAACUGGCAUGACAAACUCGGAACUGGAAUAAAUGGCCCUGUCAGGUCUUGUAGGCACAAGGUAUCUGGUGUGAAAUAUGCUCUGAAAAGUAUCUUGGAUUCAUCAAAAGCCCGUCGUGAAGUUCACAUCCAUUCAUUGUGUAGAAGUCAUCCCAACAUUGUCGGACUGCAGGAUGUAUAUGCAAACAAAGUUCGUUUUUCUGGGGACAAAGAGUCUAAGGCCCAGUUGCUGCUGGUGCUGGAGCUGAUGGAUGGAGGGGAGCUGUUUGAUCGCAUCAUCGAGGAGCAGUGUCUCACUGAGCGAGAAUGUGCUGGCUAUCUCAAACAGAUAGCCGAGGCUGUCUAUCAUUGCCAUAGCCUGAACAUAGCACACAGAGACCUGAAGCCAGAGAAUCUACUUCUAACCAAUGCUACAAAGGAAGCCACUGUGAAGCUCUCUGACUUUGGUUUUGCCAAGUUUGAUGAUGGUGAUCUCAAGACCCCGCACUUCACACCCUACUAUGUCGCACCCCAGGUUUUAGAAGCACAGAAUCAUCUUAAAAACAAGACCAGCACACCAAAAAGUUAUACAUAUGACAAGAGCUGUGACAUGUGGAGUAUGGGCGUCAUCCUGUACAUCAUGCUGUGUGGCUACCCUCCCUUCUACUCCGAGACGCCCAGUCGCUCCAUCACCACUGAGAUGAAGAGGAAGAUCCUCAAUGGGGAUUACGAGUUUCCUGAACAAGAUUGGGAGAGGAUUUCAGAGUCGGCGAAGGACAUCAUCCGUGGCCUUCUCCAUGUGGAUCCCUCCCAGCGUAUGACCAUCUCAGACCUCCUCCAUCACCCCUGGUUACAUGAUGCCUCGGACAAUAAGCUGCACUCUCCAGCCGUCAUCGCCAGCAAGGAGAGUUUUGAAGACGUUAAGAUAGCCCAUGCAGAGCACCUGACGAAGAUGAGGAUGUCAGAGAACCAGCUGACACUGAAACCACUCGUUCAAGCUGAUAAUCCUAUCAUCAGGAAGCGAAAGAGAAGAAAUACGUCCGGGACUGACGUAGAGAUGGAAGAGGAAGGGAAGCGACUCUCGGUAGACAUCACAAGCAACAGCGUCAGAUAACACCUUGUUGAGAGGCCAACUAGAAAGUUCUUUAGAAGCUAAUUAAAAGGCAGCAAGUUUAGAGACAAAUUAUGAUGCAUACUCCAUAGGCACCACAGGGAAGACAGCCACUGGACCAAGACGAUGUCCUGACUUGGCUGCAGUUCUCCUAUGUUAUAGAUACUCUAUAGGCACCACAGGGAAGACAGCCACUGGACCAAGACAAUGUCCUGACUUGGCUGCAGUUCUCCUAUGUUAUAGAUACUCUAUAGGCACCACAGGGAAGACAGCCACUGGACCAAGACGAUGUCCUGACUUGGCUGCAGUUCUCCUAUGUUAUAGUUAUUGCAUGGACCCAGGGUAGCCAUACAGUAUCUUCUUGUAGUGUCAGGGCCCACAAAUGAGCUCCCUCGUGGGAUUCCAGAUUAGAAGAGGUCCUGAAGAUCCAUGUUAGAAUUGUUCCGUAGCAUCUCAUGCUUGUUGUAGAGGUGACUGAUGUGAACGGGGGGUCAGGCUUGCUGACUUGUUGCUGCAUCAUAUCCCAAUUGACUAGAUCGAUGCUCAUGAUGUCAGUCACUGGAUUGUCUGUUCCAAACUUGAUUUUUAUAUUUACAAAAAAUCAUCAUAUAGCUAGAAUAUUGCUGAGGGCGGCAUUAAACAACGAACAAAUAUGAUCUGCAAACAGUUAAGCAGCAAACAAGCAAAUAAAUUAUCGUAGUCGGCUGCUAAGUAUAGUCUCAGGCCCAGUGGGGGCGGUCGGGUAGCCGAGUGGUUAAAGCGUUCGCUCGUCACGCCGAAGACCCGGGUUCGAUUCCCGACAUGGGUACAAUGUGUGAAGCCCAUUUCUGGUGUCCCCCCGCUGUGAUAUUGCUGGAAUAUUGCUAAAAGUGGCGUAAAACCAUACUCACUCACUCACUCAGGCCUGGGCCUGACUCACACAAAGUAGAGCCUGGCAGACAAUAUGGAUUGUAUUCGAGGAAAUUAAUACCAUGAUGUUACACGACACCGACUGAAUGGUAGGAUUAUACUGUGUCAUAAUUGGGGGCACAGGUGGCCAAGUCGUCUAAGGCGCCGCGAUUCAACAGAGUUGUGUCCCUUGGGCACGCCAGAAACCUAUGAUUGUGUGUUCGAAUCCCGUUUCGCCCCGAUUAUGUUUCUAGGUUUGUCAGCACC